AUGGCGGCCAGCGGCGGCGGCGGUGAGGAGGAGGCGGCGGCGGCCGUGGCCGUCGUGUCCCCGUCCCCGUCCCCCCCGUCGGUGAGCGGCGUCCCGGGCUGGGAGGUGUCGGUGCGUCCGCUGCUGUCCGCCUCCUACUCCGCCUUCGAGAUGAAGGAGCUGCCGCAGCUCGUGGCCUCGGUCAUCGACAGCGAGUCAGAAAUCCUGCACCACGACAAGCAGUACGAGCCCUUCUACUCAUCCUUCGUCGCGCUUUCCACCCACUACAUCACAACGGUCUGCAGCCUCAUUCCCCGGAAUCAGCUCCAGUCGGUGGCGGCCGCCUGCAAGGUCCUGAUUGAGUUCUCCCUCCUGCGCCUGGAGAACCCGGAUGAGGCCUGCGCCGUAUCCCAGAAACACCUGAUCCUCCUGAUCAAGGGCCUGUGUACCGGCUGCAGCCGGCUGGACAGAACCGAAAUCAUCACCUUCACGGCGAUGAUGAAGUCCGCCAAGCUACCCCAGACGGUGAAAACCCUGUCGGACGUGGAGGAUCAGAAGGAGCUGGCCGUCCCGGUGAGCCCCGAGCUACGGCAGAAGGAGGUGCAGAUGAACUUUCUCAACCAGCUGACGUCCGUCUUCAACCCUCGAGCGGCCACGGCACCGCCCCUCGUGCCUCAGGUGAAGGUGGAAGGAGAAGCAGAUGAGCAGUCGUCCCCGGAUCAAGCGUCUGCCGUGAAGACCAAGAACGUGUUCAUAGCCCAGAACGUGGCCAGCCUGCAAGAGCUCGGAGGCUCGGAAAAGCUGCUCCGAGUGUGCCUGAACCUUCCGUACUUCCUGCGCUACAUCAAUCGGUUCCAGGAUGCCGUGUUGGCCAACUCCUUUUUCAUCAUGCCGGCCACGGUGGCGGAUGCCACUGCCGUCCGCAACGGGUUCCAUUCCCUGGUGAUUGAUGUGACGAUGGCCUUGGACACUCUUUCUCUCCCCGUCUUGGAACCCCUCAAUCCCGCCCGUUUGCAAGAUGUGACCGUGCUGUCCCUCAGCUGCCUGUACGCGGGGGUGAGCGUGGCAACCUGCAUGGCCAUCCUCCACGUGGGCAGCACCCAGCAGGUGCGGACAGGAUCCACAAGCUCUAAAGAGGAAGACUACGAAAACGACGCUGCCACUAUCGUCCAGAAAUGUCUGGAGAUCUACGAGAUGAUUGGGCAGGCGAUCAGCAGUUCCCGCCGGGCCGGAGGCGAGCACUAUCAGAAUUUCCAGCUACUGGGAGCCUGGUGUCUGCUGAACAGCCUCUUCCUCAUCUUGAAUCUCAGCCCGACCGCCCUGGCUGAUAAGGGGAAGGAGAAAGACCCUUUGGCCGCCCUCCGGGUCAGAGACAUCAUUGCUCGCACCAAAGAGGGAGUGGGCUCUCCCAAGCUGGGACCUGGGAAGGGACAUCAAGGAUUUGGGGUCCUGUCGGUCGUGUUGGCAAAUCACGCCAUCAAGCUCCUGACCUCGCUCUUCCAAGACCUGCAAGUGGAAGCGCUCCACAAGGGCUGGGAGACGGACGGCCCUCCCGCGGCACUCAGCAUCAUGGCCCAGAGCACCUCCAUACAGAGGAUUCAGCGGCUGAUCGACUCGGUUCCCCUCACCAACCUGCUGUUGACCUUGCUCUCCACUUCCUACAGAAAGGCCUGCGUCCUGCAGCGCCAGAGGAAGGGUUCCGUGAGCAGCGAUGCCAGCGCCUCCACCGACUCCAAUACCUACUAUGAGGAUGACUUCAGCAGUACGGAGGAGGACAGCAGCCAAGACGAUGACAGCGAGCCCAUCCUGGGCCAGUGGUUCGAGGAGACCAUCUCUCCGAGCAAAGAGAAAGUGGCACCACCCCCUCCGCCGCCCCCGCCGCCGCUGGAGAGCUCUCCCCGCGUGAAAAGCCCCAACAAGCAGGCCGCCGGCGAAAAUGGCAACAUCCUGGCCAGCCGCAAGGAUCCCGAAUUGUUCUUGGGUCUGGCCUCCAACAUCUUGAACUUCAUCACCUCCUCCAUGCUGAACUCCCGGAACAACUUCAUCCGCAACUACCUGAGCGUGUCUCUCUCUGAGCAGCAUAUGGCUACUUUGGCCAGCAUCAUCAAAGAGGUGGACAAAGAUGGACUCAGGGGUUCAUCCGAUGAGGAGUUUGCUGCUGCCCUUUACCAUUUUAACCAUUCCUUAGUUACCUCGGACCUCCAAUCCCCUACACUUCAGAACACCUUGUUGCAGCAGCUGGGAGUCGCUCCUUUCUCCGAGGGCCCCUGGCCCUUGUACAUUCACCCCCAGAGCCUCUCCGUGCUCUCCCGCCUCCUACUCAUCUGGCAACACAAAGCCAACGCCCAGGGGGACCCCGAUGUCCCCGAAUGCCUGAAGGUGUGGGAGAGGUUCGUAGCCACGGUGAAACAGAAUGCCCUCCAGGGGACACUCCCUAAUGACACGGAGGAUUUGAACGUCGAGCACCUGCAGCUGCUGCUGCUGAUCUUCCACAACUUUUCCGAGAAGGGCCGCCGCUCCGUUUUGGCCCUCUGCAUCCAGACCAUCCUGGAAAUCGCGGCCAACAUGGACUCUCAGCUGCGCUCCGUGCCCCUCCUCCUGGCCCGCCUGCUGCUGGUGUUCGACUACCUGCUCCAUCAGUAUUCCAAAGUCCCCACGUACCUCUUCGAACAGGUGCAGUAUAACCUGCUGAGCCCUCCUUUCGGCUGGGCAAGCGGGUCCCAGGACAGCAGCCGCCGUGCCACCCCGCCCCUCUAUCAUGGCUUCAGAGAGGUCGAAGAAAACUGGGCCAAGCACUGCUCAUCAGAUGCGGCCCCGCAGCCCCGAUUCUAUUGCAUCCUGUCGCCAGAAGCCUCGGAGGACGAUUUGAACCGCCUUGAUAAUAUGGUCUGUGAAGUCCUCUUCUCCAGAGCUGUGAGAUACAACGAGCUUUACGCUGCACUGACCUCUCUGGUUGCAGCUGGAUCCCAGUUCGAUACGGUCAGGAGGAAGGAAAGCAAGAACGUAACGGCGCUGGAGGCUUGUGCCCUGCAGUAUUAUUUCUUAGUACUGUGGAGGAUCUUAGGGAUCCUGCCGCCAUCCAAGAAUUACAUGAACCAGCUGGCAAUGAACACCCCCGAGAUGAGCGAAUGUGAUAUUCUGCACACCUUGCGUUGGUCCUCCCGCCUCCGCAUCAGCUCCUACGUCAACUGGAUCAAGGAGCACCUGAUCAAACAAGGCAUGAAAGCGGAACACGCCGGAUCGCUCAUGGAACUGGCCUCCACCAAAUGCAGCUCGGUGAAAUACGACGUGGAAAUAGCAGAAGAGUAUUUUGCCCGACAGAUCUCCUCCUUCUGUGGCAUCGACUGCACCACCAUCCUCCAGCUGCAUGAGAUUCCCAGCCUGCAGUCCAUCUACACCCUCGACGCCGCGAUCUCCAAAGUCCAGGUGUCCCUGGACGAGCACUUUUCCAAGCUGGCGGCCGAGACGGACCCCCACAAAUCAUCCGAGAUUACCAAGAACCUGCUGCCGGCCACCCUGCAGCUCAUUGACACCUACGCGUCGUUUACCAGGUCUUACCUGCUGCAGAGCCUCUCCGAGGAGGGAUCCGCUGAGAACAGACCAGCCGAAGAGAAGCUACGGGGCUACUCCGCCGUCUUGGCUAUCGGCUCGAGCCGCUGCAAGUCAAAUACCUUGGGUCCCAGCCUCGUCCAGAACUUACCGUCGGCAGUGCAGACCCUGUGCGAGUCGUGGAAUAACAUUCACACCAACGAGUUCCCCAACAUCGGGUCUUGGCGCAACGCCUUCGCCAACGACACGAUCCCCGCGGAGAGCUACAUCAGCGCCGUGCAGGCCGCCCACCUGGGGACCCUGUGCAGCCAGAGCCUGCCCUUGGCCGCAUCCCUGAAGCACACCCUCCUCUCCCUGGUCCGCCUGACUGGAGACCUCAUCGUGUGGUCUGAUGAGCUGAACCCACCCCAGGUGAUUCGGACGCUGCUGCCCCUCCUCUUGGAGACCAGCACGGAGAGCGUUGCGGAGAUCAGCAGCAACUCCCUGGAAAGGAUCCUGGGCCCCGCGGAGUCCGACGAGUUCCUGGCUCGCGUUUAUGAGAAGCUGAUCACCGGGUGCUACAACAUUCUGGCCAAUCACCCCGACCCCAACAGUGGGCUGGAUGAAUCCAUCUUGGAGGAGUGUCUGCAGCACCUGGAGAAGCAGCUGGAAAGCAGCCAGGCCCGCAAAGCCAUGGAGGAAUUUUUCUCUGAGAGUGGCGAACUGGUCCAAAUCAUGAUGGCGACGGCCAAUGAGAACCUCUCUGCUAAAUUCUGUAACCGCGUUCUGAAAUUCUUCACCAAACUCUUCCAGCUGACCGAGAAGAGCCCUAACCCCAGCCUGUUACAUCUCUGUGGGUCCCUGGCCCAGCUGGCUUGUGUGGAGCCCGUGCGUCUGCAGGCCUGGCUGACCCGCAUGACCACUUCACCCCCUAAGGACUCCGACCAGCUGGAUGUGAUUCAGGAGAACCGGCAGCUGCUCCAGCUGCUGACGACGUACAUCGUUCGAGAAAACAGCCAAGUUGGAGAAGGCGUGUGCGCUGUACUGCUGAGCACGCUGAUCCCCAUGGCAACAGAGAUGCUGGCCAACGGCGACGGGUCGGGCUUCCCCGAGCUCAUGGUGGUGAUGGCCACGUUGGCCAGCGCCGGGCAAGGCGCUGGGCACCUUCAGCUGCACGGUGCCGCUGUGGACUGGCUGAGCAGAUGCAAGAAAUAUUUGUCCCAGAAGAAUGUGGUCGAAAAAAUGAAUGCCAACGUAAUGCACGGAAAGCAUGUGACCAUUCUGGAGUGCACCUGCCACAUCGUGUCUUACCUGGCCGACGUCACCAACGCGCUGAGCCAGAGCGGCGGGCAGGGCCCCAGUCACGUCUCCGUGGAUGGAGAGGAGCGGGCCAUCGAGGUGGACUCGGACUGGGUGGAGGAGCUGGCGGUGGAAGAGGAGGACUCUCAAGCCGAGGAUUCAGAUGAAGAUUCGCUCUGCAACAAACUCUGCACCUUCACCAUCACGCAGAAAGAAUUCAUGAACCAGCAUUGGUACCACUGUCACACCUGCAAGAUGGUCGACGGGGUUGGGGUGUGCACGGUGUGUGCUAAGGUGUGCCACAAGGACCACGAGAUUUCCUACGCCAAGUACGGGUCGUUUUUCUGCGACUGCGGAGCCAAGGAGGACGGCAGCUGCCUGGCUUUGGUGAAGAGGACGCCCAGCAGUGGCAUGGGCUCCACCCUGAAGGAGUCGGCAUUCCAGAGCGAGCCCCGGGUAGCGGAGAGCGUGGUUCGCCACGCCAGCGGCUCUCCCGCCGACAAGGCCAAAGUGACCAUCAACGACGGGAAGGCCGCCGACGAGGAGAAGCCCAAGAAAAGCAGCCUGUGCCGCAACGUGGACGGCUGCCGGGAAGAACUCCGCUCCCAGGCCAACUUUUCCUUUGCCCCCCUCGUGCUGGACAUGCUGAGCUUCCUCAUGGAUUCCAUCCAGAUCAACUUCCAGCAGGCUUCGGCCAUGGGCAGCAGCAGCCGGGCCCAACAAGCUCUCAACGAGUUGCACACCUUGGACAAGAUGGUGGAAAUGACGGACCAGCUGAUGGUCCCCACGCUCGGUUCCCAGGAAGGAGCCUUCGAAAACGUGCGGAUGAACUACAGCGGGGACCAGGGCCAGACCAUCCGGCAGCUGAUCAGUGCCCACGUGCUGCGGCGCGUGGCCAUGUGCGUGCUGUCCUCCCCUCACGGCCGCCGCCAACACCUGGCCGUCAGCCACGAGAAAGGCAAGAUCACGGUUCUGCAACUGUCUGCCCUGCUCAAGCAAGCGGAUUCCAGCAAGAGGAAACUAACGCUGACCCGCUUGGCGUCCGCCCCAGUCCCCUUCACGGUGCUGAGCCUCACCGGAAACCCCUGCAAGGAGGACUACCUUGCUGUUUGUGGCCUGAAGGACUGUCACGUGCUGACAUUCAGCAGCUCCGGCUCCGUGUCCGAUCACCUGGUGCUCCACCCUCAACUGGCCACGGGCAAUUUCAUCAUCAAAGCCGUGUGGUUGCCCGGCUCACAGACGGAACUGGCCAUCGUCACCGCCGACUUCGUCAAGAUUUAUGACCUGUCUGUUGAUGCCCUGAGCCCCACUUUCUACUUUCUCCUGCCGAGCUCAAAGAUCCGGGAUGUGACUUUCCUCUUCAACGAAGAGGGGAAGAAUAUCAUCGUCAUCAUGUCCUCGGCGGGGUACAUAUACACUCAGCUCAUGGAGGAGGCCAGUAGCGCCCAGCACGGACCCUUUUAUGUCACCAACGUGCUGGAAGUCAACCACGAGGAGCUGAAGGAUAGCAACAGCCAAGUGGCCGGCGGCGGCGUCUCGGUGUACUACUCCCAUGUGCUGCAGAUGCUCUUCUUCAGCUACUGUCAAGGCAAAUCCUUCGCAGCCACCAUCAGCAGGGCCACCCUGGAGGUGCAGCGGCUCUUCCCCGUCAACAUCAAGAGUUCCAACGGAGGCAGUAAGACCACCCCUGCCCUUUGUCAGUGGUCUGAGGUCAUGAAUCACCCCGGCUUGGUGUGCUGCGUCCAGCAGACCACUGGCGUGCCGCUGGUGGUCAUGGUCAAACCUGACACCUUCCUCAUCCAAGAAAUCAAGACCUUGCCAGCCAAAGCAAAGAUUCAGGACAUGGUGGCAAUCCGGCACACAGCCUGCAACGAGCAGCAGAGGACCACCAUGAUCCUGCUGUGUGAGGACGGCAGCCUGCGCAUCUACAUGGCCAACGUGGAGAAUACCUCGUACUGGCUCCAGCCCUCCCUCCAGCCGAGCAGCGUCAUCAGCAUCAUGAAGCCUGUGAGGAAGCGCAAGGCAACCGCCAUCACAACCCGCACCUCCAGUCAGGUGACCUUCCCCAUUGACUUCUUUGAGCACAACCAGCAGCUGACGGACGUUGAGUUUGGCGGCAACGACCUCCUGCAGGUCUACAAUGCCCAGCAGAUAAAGCACCGGCUCAACUCCACUGGCAUGUAUGUGGCCAAUACUAAGCCCGGCGGCUUCACCAUCGAGGUCAGUAACAAUAAUAGCACCAUGGUGAUGACGGGCAUGCGCAUUCAGAUCGGGACCCAGGCGAUCGAGAGAGCCCCCUCCUACAUUGAGAUCUUUGGCCGCACCAUGCAGCUUAACAUGACCCGGGCCCGCUGGUUUGACUUCCCCUUCACACGAGAGGAGGCCCUGCAAGCCGACAAGAAGCUGACCAUCUUCAUUGGGGCCUCGGUGGACCCCGCGGGCGUCACGAUGAUGGACGGCGUCAAGAUUUACGGCAAGACCAAAGAACAGUUCGGCUGGCCUGACGAGCCCCCGGAGGAGUUCCCCUCAGCUUCGGUCAGCAACAUCUGUCCCCCGAACCUGAGCCAGAGCAAUGGCGCUGGAGAGAGCGACCCGGCCGCCCCCGCUGCCACCAGUGGAACGGUCUUGGAAAGGCUAGUUGUGAAUUCUUUGGAAGCCUUGGAAAGCUGCUUUGCUGUGGGCCCAGUCAAUGAGAAGGAGAAGAGCAAAACGGCGGCUCAGGAGCUGGCCACGGCGCUGCUGUCGAUGCCGGCUCCUUCCAGCGUUCAGCAACAGACCAAGAGCCUGCUAGCCAGCCUGCACACCAGCCGUUCGGCCUAUCACAACCACAAGGAUCAGGCGUUGUUGAGCAAAGCCGUGCAGUGCCUCAACUCCUCUACCAAGGACGGGAAGGAGCUGGACCCCGAGGUGUUCCAGCGUUUGGUCAUCACCGCUCGCUCCAUCGCUAUCAUGCGCCCCAGCAACCUGGUCCAUUUCACCGAGACAGAAGGAGGAGUCGACGAGGGGAAGGAGCCCCAGAAACCUGCCGAAGGAGAGGGUUGCAGUUUCAUCACCCACCUGGUCAACCAUUUCUGGAAACUCCACGCGUCCAAACCCAAGAACGCCUUCCUGGCUCCUGCUUGCCUGCCAGGCCUGACUCACGUUGAAGCCACUGUCAAUGCCCUGGUGGACAUUAUCCAUGGCUACUGCACCUGUGAGCUGGACUGCAUCAACACGGCUUCCAAGAUCUACAUGCAGAUGCUGCUGUGCCCCGACCCCGCCGUGAGUUUCUCCUGCAAACAAGCUUUGAUCCGAGUGCUGAGACCCAGGAACAAACGGAGACACGUCACCCUGCCCUCCUCCCCUCGCAGCAACACGCCGAUGGGAGACAAGGACGAUGACGACGACGACGACGCGGAUGAGAAAAUGCAGUCUUCUGGGAUCCCCAAUGGCGGGCACAUCCGCCAAGAGAGCCAGGAGCAGAGUGAGGUGGAUCACGGGGACUUUGAGAUGGUGUCCGAGUCCAUGGUGUUGGAAACGGCUGAGAGCGCCAACAACGGCAACCCCUCUCCCCUGGAGGCUCUGCUAGCGGGUGCGGAGGGUUUCCCCCCUAUGUUGGACAUUCCCCCCGACGCGGAUGACGAGACCAUGGUGGAACUGGCCAUUGCCCUGAGCCUGCAGCAGGACCAGCAAGGGAGCAGUAGCAGUGCCCUUGGACUGCAGAGUCUGGGGCUGUCUGGCCAGGCACCCAGCUCUUCCUCACUUGAUGCAGGAACCCUGUCUGACACUACGGCAUCAGCCCCAGCGUCGGACGACGAAGGCAGCACCGCGGCAACGGAUGGUUCCACCCUGCGGACCUCCCCCGCCGACCACGGCGGCAGCGUGGGCUCGGAGAGCGGAGGGAGCGCCGUGGACUCGGUGGCCGGCGAGCACAGUGUGUCGGGCCGCAGCAGCGCCUACGGAGACGCUACCGCCGAGGGACACCCAGCUGGGCCGGGCAGCGUCAGCUCGAGCACGGGGGCCAUCAGCACCACCACGGGUCAGCAGGAAGGAGACGGCUCGGAGGGGGAAGGAGAAGCCGAAGGAGAUGUCCACACCAGUAACAGGCUGCAUAUGGUCCGCCUGAUGCUGUUGGAGAGACUGCUGCAGACCUUGCCUCAGCUGCGCAACGUGGGCGGGGUCCGAGCCAUUCCUUACAUGCAGGUCAUUCUGAUGCUUACGACCGACCUGGAUGGGGACGACGAGAAGGACAAGGGAGCCCUGGAUAAUCUGCUCUCCCAACUGAUCGCAGAACUGGGCAUGGAUAAGAAGGAUGUGUCUAAGAAGAAUGAGCGCUGCGCCCUGAAUGAAGUGCAUUUGGUGGUGAUGAGGCUAUUGAGCGUCUUCAUGUCCAGAACCAAAUCGGGAUCCAAGUCCUCCAUCUGUGAGUCGUCGUCCCUCAUCUCCAGCGCCACGGCGGCGGCCCUGCUGAGCUCCGGGGCUGUGGACUACUGUCUGCACGUCCUUAAGUGCCUGCUGGACUACUGGAAGGGCCAACAGAACGACGAGGAGCCGGCCGCCACCAGCCAGCUGCUAAAGCCCCACACCACCACGUCUCCUCCGGACAUGAGCCCCUUCUUCCUCCGCCAGUACGUGAAGGGCCACGCCGCCGACGUGUUUGAAGCCUACACGCAGCUCCUGACGGAGAUGGUGUUGCGGCUUCCCUAUCAAAUCAAGAAGAUUGCCGACACCAACUCCCGCAUUCCGCCCCCCGUCUUCGACCACUCCUGGUUCUACUUCCUGUCAGAGUAUCUGAUGAUCCAGCAGACGCCGUUCGUGCGCCGCCAAGUCCGCAAGCUCCUGCUCUUCAUCUGCGGCUCCAAGGAGAAGUACCGCCAGCUCCGCGACCUGCACACCCUGGACUCCCACGUGCGCGGGAUCAAGAAGCUGCUGGAGGAGCAGGGCAUCUUCCUGCGGGCCAGCGUGGUGACCGCCAGCUCGGGGUCCGCCCUGCAGUACGACACGCUCAUCAGCCUGAUGGAGCACCUGAAGGCCUGCGCGGAGAUCGCCACGCAGCGCACCGUCAACUGGCAGAAAUUCUGCAUCAAAGAUGAUUCCGUCCUGUAUUUCCUCCUCCAAGUCAGUUUUCUGGUGGACGAGGGGGUGUCCCCCGUGCUGCUGCAGCUGCUGUCCUGUGCCCUCUGCGGCAGCAAGGUGCUGUCGGCGGCCUCUUCCUCCGCCACGUCCAGCGCCUCCUCCUCCUCUGGCCCGGGGGCCUCCGGCUCGGGACAGCCGGCAGCGCAGAGCAAGUCGUCCACCAAGAAGAGCAAGAAGGAAGAGAAGGAAAAAGAGAAAGAGAGCGAAAGCUCGGGGAGUCAAGAAGACCAGCUGUGCACGGCCCUGGUGAAUCAGCUGAACAAAUUUGCCGACAAGGAGACGCUCAUCCAGUUCCUGCGCUGCUUCCUUCUGGAGUCCAACUCCUCUUCUGUCCGCUGGCAAGCCCAUUGCUUAGCCCUGCACAUCUACAGGAACUCCAACAAGUCUCAACAGGAGCUCCUGCUGGACCUGAUGUGGUCCAUCUGGCCGGAGCUCCCAGCCUAUGGCCGGAAGGCCGCCCAGUUUGUGGAUCUCCUGGGUUACUUCUCCCUGAAAACCCCACAGACGGAGAAAAAGUUAAAGGAGUAUUCCCAGAAGGCGGUGGAGAUUCUCCGAACCCAAAACCACAUCCUCACUAACCAUCCCAAUUCCAACAUUUACAACACCCUGUCUGGCCUGGUGGAGUUCGAUGGCUACUAUCUGGAGAGCGACCCGUGCCUGGUGUGCAACAACCCAGAAGUGCCGUUCUGUUACAUCAAGUUGUCCUCAAUCAAGGUGGACACACGCUACACCACCACCCAGCAGGUGGUGAAACUAAUCGGGAGCCACACCAUCAGCAAAGUGACCGUGAAGAUCGGGGACCUGAAGCGGACCAAGAUGGUGCGGACCAUCAACCUCUACUACAACAAUCGGACCGUGCAAGCCAUCGUGGAGCUGAAAAACAAGCCCGCUCGCUGGCACAAAGCCAAGAAGGUGCAACUGACCCCCGGCCAGACUGAAGUGAAGAUAGACUUACCCUUGCCUAUCGUGGCCUCCAACCUCAUGAUUGAAUUUGCCGACUUCUACGAAAAUUACCAAGCCUCCACAGAGACGCUGCAGUGCCCGCGCUGCAGCGCCUCUGUGCCCGCCAACCCCGGCGUGUGCGGCAACUGUGGGGAGAACGUCUACCAGUGCCACAAGUGCAGGUCGAUCAACUAUGAUGAAAAGGAUCCAUUCCUGUGCAACGCCUGCGGCUUCUGUAAAUACGCCCGCUUUGACUUCAUGCUGUACGCCAAGCCCUGCUGUGCUGUGGAUCCCAUCGAGAACGAAGAGGAUCGGAAAAAGGCUGUGACUAACAUCAACACGCUGCUGGACAAGGCCGACCGAGUGUAUCAUCAGCUGAUGGGACACCGGCCCCAGCUGGAGAACCUGCUGUGCAAAGUGAACGAGGCCGCUCCCGAAAAGCCCCAGGAUGAUGCUGGAAACGCCGGGGGCAUCAGCUCCACCUCAGCCAGUGUGAACCGCUACAUCCUCCAGCUGGCCCAGGAGUACUGUGGCGACUGCAAGAACUCCUUUGACGAGCUCUCUAAGAUCAUCCAGAAAGUGUUUGCCUCCCGGAAGGAGCUGCUGGAGUACGACCUCCAGCAGAGAGAGGCGGCCACCAAGUCGUCGCGGACCACGGUGCAGCCCACGUUCACGGCGAGCCAGUACCGGGCCCUGUCCGUCCUGGGCUGCGGCCACACGUCUUCCACCAAGUGCUACGGCUGCGCCUCGGCUGUCACGGAGCACUGCAUCACCCUGCUCCGGGCCCUGGCCACCAACCCGGCCCUGCGGCACAUCCUCGUUUCCCAGGGGCUCAUCCGGGAGCUCUUUGACUACAACCUGCGCCGGGGGGCAGCCGCCAUGAGGGAGGAAGUCCGCCAACUCAUGUGCCUUCUCACCAGGGACAAUCCCGAAGCCACCCAGAAAAUGAACGACCUGAUCAUCAGCAAGGUCUCCGCAGCUCUGAAAGGCCACUGGGCGAACCCCGAUUUGGCCAGCAGCCUCCAGUACGAAAUGCUGCUCCUGACCGACUCCAUCUCCAAGGAGGACAGCUGCUGGGAACUGAGGCUGCGCUGCGCCCUCAGCCUUUUCCUAAUGGCUGUGAACAUAAAAACUCCUGUGGUUGUUGAGAACAUCACCCUCAUGUGCCUGCGAAUUCUACAGAAGCUGAUCAAACCACCAUCUCCCACCAGCAAGAAAAACAAGGACGUCCCCGUUGAGGCUCUGACCACGGUCAAGCCCUACUGCAACGAGAUUCACGCCCAGGCCCAACCGUGGCUCAAAAGAGACCCCAAAGCCUCGUACGAGACCUGGAAGAAGUGCCUGCCGGCCAGAGGGGUGGACGCCAACGGGAAGGCGCCCAGCAGAGCGGAGCUGCGCCAGUUAUAUCUGUCGGAGAAGUACAUGUGGAGGUGGAAGCAGUUCAUGAGCAGGCGGGGGAAGAGGACCUCCCCGCUGGACCUCAAGCUGGGACACAACAACUGGCUGCGGCAGGUUCUGUUCACCCCUGCUACCCAGGCAGCGCGCCAGGCAGCCUGCACCAUCGUGGAAGCCCUGGCGACCAUCCCGAGCCGCAAACAACAAGUCCUGGACCUCCUCACCAGUUAUUUGGACGAGCUGAGCAUCGCAGGGGAAUGUGCGGCCGAGUACCUGGGGCUGUACCAGAAGCUCAUCAAGCCUGCGCACUGGAAGGUUUACCUGGCAGCCAGAGGAGUCCUGCCUUACGUCGGCAACCUCAUCACAAAGGAAAUAGCCCGUCUGCUGGCCCUGGAAGAAGCCACCCUGAGCACCGACCUACAGCAGGGCUAUGCCCUCAAGAGCCUCACAGGUCUCCUCUCCUCCUUCGUUGAGGUGGAAUCCAUCAAACGACACUUCAAAAGCCGUCUGGUGGGCACCGUGCUCAACGGCUACCUGUGUUUGCGCAAGCUGGUGGUCCAGAGGACCAAACUGAUCGAUGAGACCCAGGACAUGCUGUUGGAGAUGCUCGAGGACAUGACUACAGGUACAGAAUCCGAAACGAAGGCUUUCAUGGCUGUGUGCAUUGAAACAGCCAAGCGCUACAGCUUAGACGACUAUAGGACACCUGUCUUCAUCUUCGAGAGGCUUUGCAGUAUCAUCUACCCUGAGGAGAACGAGGUGACGGAGUUCUUCGUGACCCUGGAGAAGGAUCCCCAGCAGGAAGACUUCCUGCAGGGCAGAAUGCCCGGCAACCCCUACAGCAGCAACGAGCCGGGCAUCGGCCCCCUGAUGAGGGACAUCAAAAACAAGAUCUGCCAGGACUGCGACCUCGUGGCCCUCCUGGAAGACGACAGCGGAAUGGAGCUGUUAGUAAACAAUAAGAUCAUCAGCUUGGACCUUCCCGUGGCCGAAGUUUACAAGAAGGUCUGGUGUCCAACAAAUGAGGGAGAGCCUAUGAGGAUCAUUUACCGGAUGCGGGGGCUGCUGGGAGAUGCCACUGAGGAAUUCAUUGAGUCUCUUGACUCCACCACGGAUGAAGAAGAGGAUGAGGAAGAGGUGUAUAAGAUGGCUGGGGUGAUGGCACAGUGUGGAGGCCUGGACUGUAUGCUCAACAGGCUCGCGGGUAUCAAGGACUUCAAGCAGGGCCGCCACCUCCUGACGGUGCUGCUCAAACUGUUCAGCUACUGUGUGAAGGUGAAAGUGAAUCGGCAGCAGCUGGUCAACCCCGAGAUGAACACUCUGAAUGUCAUGCUGGGAACUCUCAACUUGGCCCUGGUGGCCGAGCAGGAAAGCAAGGACAGUGGAGGGGCGGCUGUGGCGGAACAAGUGCUCAGCAUCAUGGAAAUCAUCCUGGAUGAGUCCAAUGCCGAGCCCUUGAGCGAAGACAAGGGGAGCCUCCUGCUGACCGGGGACAAGGACCAGCUGGUGAUGCUCCUGGACCAGAUCAACAGCACCUUCGUGCGCUCCAACCCCAGCGUCCUGCAGGGCCUGCUGCGGAUCAUCCCCUACCUGUCCUUCGGCGAAACGGAGAAAAUGCGGAUCCUGGUGGACCGCUUCAAGCCGUACUGCAGCUUCGACAAGUACGAUGAGGAGCACAGCGGUGAUGAUAAAGUCUUCCUGGACUGCUUCUGUAAGAUCGCAGCGGGCAUCAAAAACAACAGCAACGGGCACCAGCUGAAAGACCUGAUCCUCCAGAAGGGAAUCACUCAGAAUGCGCUCGACUACAUGAAAAAGCACAUACCCAGUGCCAAGAAUUUGGAUGCUGACGUCUGGAAGAAGUUCCUGUCUCGCCCCGCCCUUCCCUUCAUCCUAAGGCUCCUUCGAGGGCUGGCCAUUCAGCACCCGGCAACCCAGAUGCUGAUCGGGACGGACUCCAUCACGAACCUGCACAAACUGGAGCAGGUGUCGAGCGACGAGGGGAUCGGCACCCUAGCCGAAAACCUGCUAGAAGCGCUGAGGGAGCACCCGGAGGUGAACAAGAAGAUCGACGCCGCCAGGAAGGAGACCCGAGCGGAGAAGAAGCGCAUGGCCAUGGCAAUGAGGCAGAAGGCCCUGGGCACCCUCGGCAUGACGACGAACGAGAAGGGCCAGGUGGUUACCAAGACGGCCCUGCUGAAACAGAUGGAAGAGCUGAUUGAGGAGCCGGGACUCACUUGCUGCAUCUGCCGAGAGGGCUACAAGUUCCAGCCCACCAAGGUCCUGGGGAUUUACACCUUCACCAAGCGGGUGGCCUUGGAAGAGCUGGAGAACAAGCCCCGGAAGCAGCAGGGCUACAGCACCGUGUCUCACUUCAACAUUGUGCACUACGACUGUCACCUGGCAGCCGUCAGGCUGGCCCGAGGGCGUGAGGAGUGGGAGAGCGCGGCCCUUCAGAACGCCAACACAAAGUGCAACGGGCUUCUCCCCGUCUGGGGACCCCACGUCCCCGAAUCAGCUUUUGCCACUUGCUUGGCGAGGCACAACACUUACCUCCAGGAAUGCACGGGCCAGCGGGAGCCCACCUACCAGCUCAACGUCCACGACAUCAAGCUGCUCUUCCUGCGCUUCGCCAUGGAGCAGUCGUUCAGCGUCGACACCGGAGGGGGAGGCCGCGAGAGCAACAUCCACCUCAUUCCGUACAUCGUCCACACCGUGCUCUACGUUCUCAACACAACUCGAGCAACCUCUAGAGAAGAGAAGAACCUCCAGAGCUUUCUGGAGCAGCCCAAGGAGAAAUGGGUGGAGAGUGCCUUUGAGGUGGACGGGCCUCACUACUAUACGGUCCUGGCCCUUCACAUCUUGCCCCCAGAGAAGUGGAAAGCCACCCGCGUGGAGAUUCUGCAGAGGCUUUUGGUCAUCUCCCAGGCCCGGGUGGUGUCGCCUGGGGGAGCCAGCAGGCUGACGGAUAAAGCCGUGAAGGAUUAUUCAGUCUACCGCUCUAGUCUUCUCUUUUGGGCCCUAGUCGAUCUCAUUUACACCAUGUUUAAGAGGGUGCCUACCAGCAACACGGAGGGAGGCUGGUCCUGCUCUCUCGCUGAAUUCAUCCGCCACAACGACAUGCCUAUCUACGAAGCGGCAGACAAGGCCUUGAAGACGUUCCAGGAGGAGUUCAUGCCCGUGGAGACCUUCUCGGAGUUCCUGGACGUGGCAGGACUUUUAUCAGAAAUCAACGAUCCCGACAGCUUCCUGAAUGACCUUUUGAACUCGAUCCCCUGAGCGUGGGGCAUGGGGAAAAAGCAACCUGCCAAGACCGAGAUCGGCUUGCCCUCCCUCCCUCCCCUCCUCUGUGUUCCUCCUCGCCUGCACCGUUUCUUCCAGGUGUGCUGCGGCUCUGGCCCCCGCCCCCCUCUCCCUCCCCCCGACUCCCCGUCGAUCAGUUUUUCUAGGACUGGUCUGGGGGUUUUAGGCUUCUCGUUUUAUCUUGUGUGUGCAGUGCUAUAGCUAUGAAGUUGUAUGUAACCCAAGAGAUUGAAGGAACUUACUCGUCCCGAGGAGCCACGACUCAUCCCGAUGAAACCGAGUGUUUGGGUGUGCCCAUCUUGAAAAUAAACGAAUUAAAUGCAAACGGGAAA